GUGGUUGGUUCAGUUUUAGAACGCCCGGUCCGUCCGCGUACGCGCAGUGUUUUGUGAUAUUCGAAAUAGUUUUUUAAAGACUCGACAACGCUUUUGAACUAUUUAUCGUGUGUGAAUUAGAAUUUUAAUAAUCUACUUGCCGUGUUACGUGUUAUGUGAUUUGUUUUCGCCGGCAUUGUGAUACCAAUUAGUUUCGAGUCAAGUUCAUUGUCAUCCUAUCUGAUUGGAAUACUGGAUUGCCAGUAGGCGCACGCAGCAUGCGCGGUGUCACGUGAUCACCAAUGGCGACGGACGCGCGCGCGCGCUCCCCGCAAGAUGGCGUCCGAAGGAGACGCGACUUCAACAGGUCGCCGUAUGUGACGCUGGGCGCGGUGCGCUACACGGUUCGCCGCGCUCCCCCGCCGCGUGCCUGCCCCUGCCGCUGCUGCUCCGAGGAGGCGGUGGCGGCGUGCCUCGGCCGCUCCAAGCCGGACCGCCGCACGCUGGAGCGUUUCCAGCGGCGCCUGGGCCGCGCCACGCGCGACGAGCGGCCCUCGCGCCAACAGCGCUUAAAGGACUUCACAGAGCGGCUUCUUCCCCGAGCCCACGCUGCGCCUACUCCACCUCCGCCGCCGCCGCCGCCGCCGCCUCCACACACUGCACCCAUCUUGCCGCCUGUCCCUCCGCCACGAUCACGCCACCGACAUAGUCCACCUCGUGGCGUCUCCGUUGAUCGCUGUGAUGACUUUGACGCUGAUAAAAUAACCUUGAUACGAGUCGAACCUCGUUCAAUUAUUGGAUCGUAUGCACAAAAAACUAUUCCUUACCGCAGUGCUUCUUUCUCCCAAGGUGAUUUUGUGCAGGACAAAUAUUAUCGUGGUAAACAACCGUCUAUUUUUGAUUUUGGUAAACGCGUGCCCAAUACGUCUGAUAGUGCUUUGCGUCGUGAUUGUUCCGCGAGUGUUACCGAGGAAAAUGCGACUGAAGGUGGGUCCGUCGCAUCGGUGGAUUCUGCGGUAGGUUCGGAUGAAGGACUCCUUGCGCAUGCGCUACCGGUUGCGCGAUCUCCGCCUCCAGAUGCUUUACAUAAACAAUUAGGUGCUCGUUCAUUGACACAUCCGUUACCGCGCCGCGUGCCUCCAGUACGCGAAGAGGAUUCGACCGAUGCUGGUGGAAGUUUACCUGCGUUGAUGCCCCCGCGUGUUUUGCAUGAAUUACGUGAGGAAAGUGACGGUUCGCAGGCAGAUAGUGCGCAGGCGCAUAGUGAAGGAACCUCACCAUUAGAACCGUCUCAACCAUUUGCAUUCCCGCCCCUUCCCGCUCCUCCUUCAAAUUCGUGUGCUAAUGUAGACUGUGAAUGUGCUAAUAUUCAGACUCGUAAGGAAUCAACGGGUGAAUUGGACAGUUCUAUUCCUAUUCCUAUCCCUGUGUAUGAGUGCAUAGUGAAACAGUGGUCUAAGGAUACUCAGCCAGAUGAAGCAUUUCGUUCUGAUGCGGCAUCAGAUGGGUCUUUAGAUCGAGAUAAAGAAGAUGAAACUAUAACAAGUGAGCAAGUGGAGCAUUUAUUAGCUGCCGUGCAAAAUCCGUGUACGCCAGCACCAAUUGGUGCUCGAGAAAGACGGAGACCUCUAGACAAAACCAAAAGAAGAAAAGGAAUUUACAUUACGACAGCUAGCGACGACGGUGGUGAUGACCCUCCUCCACCUGUUAACGGAUGUAAUCGAGAAAGCAGUGAUGCUUCCUUACAAGACAUGAGAUUAUCGGCUGAAACUAGAACCUCAUCUUUAUUGGGUGACAAAUCAGACGAUUCAUUUACCAACGGCCCUCCGAGCCCAAGUGAUUCCACGAUGCCGAUGUGGCCUAAAACAGACGAAACGCUAAGAGCAAGACGAGCAAGAUUUUCUCAGCAAAGUUCUGACGAGAAAGAAGAUGAAGUUUAUAGAAGCGUAGCUCGUCGAAAAUAUGGUGUUACCUCUAGGGGUGACUCUCCCUCUGAAGCAGAAAGUGAUACGUGCUCUCGUGACCGUACAGCUUCACCAUCCCCAUACAGCCCAUCUGAUACAUCUGACGUGGAAGCAAAGAGACAGCAAUUUACACGCCCGUUUGGAAGAAAUUUAACUCCAACAUGUAGAUCAGUGGAGGUUGGCCGAAGAAGCUUCUCGGAUGCUACCGUUCCCAGUCGAAAAAUAAGUGCUGGUGCCGCACCUACAUCAGAUUCCCGGCCACGUGGUCACACCCAUGUGAGAGCAACUUCUUCCCCUUCAAAAUUAGUGGGAGUCAAACCAGGGACAGACUUGUUAGCGGAGCUCUUGCGUGGCAGUUCCGAAGCACUAUCUAAUGCAUCAGCCUUUGACAACGUGAUAUUGACUCUACACCAGCAUAACGACACACGAACGCACGUGGUUGUGGAAUUGUAUGAAACGGAGAAAUCAUAUGUUGAGGCAGUGGAAAUAUUAGUCAAGAAGUACCUUCAUCCACUGAAGAGCCCAGAGAAUGCAGGUCUUCUUGACGCGUUUGUGGUGGACGAGAUCUUCUAUCAAGUUCCAGCAAUACUGAAUGUCCAUCAAGAGUUCUUGGAAAAGCUCCGGAGGAGGCUGGAACAAUGGGAUCUGCAGCAGAAAGUUGGAGAUGUGUUUUUAGAUGUAUUUACCAAACCCACCGUAAUGGACACUUAUAUGUCCUUCAUAAGCAAUUUGAAGAAGGCUAAAGAGACGAUAAAGACAGCGGCAUCGUCUCGUCCCGCUUUCGCAAAGUUUCUUGACGCUAUGGCCAGAGACCACAAGGGCAAGUUAUCUCUAGACAACUUACUCAUCAAACCCGUACAAAAGUUCCCAAGCUACAAACUCUUAAUACAACGGCUAAUCAAACAUACAGAUCAGUCACACCCUGACCACAAAUUGCUUCUCGAUGCUCAAAAGGAGAUCCAUAAUCUCCUAGAGCUUAUAAACUGUACGGAGCGAGAAAGUCUAGAACUUGAGAUGCAACAACAAAGUCUACGCGAACUGGAGUCUAUGAUCGAAGGAUUAUCAAAUCUUGUGACGUCAGAUAGGAUAUUUAUCCGACAUGAGACUGUGACUAUCCCAUCUGCUCAGGGAACCAUAAAGGAUAGAGCACUGUUUCUAUUCAACGAUACAUUGUUGAUUACCAGCGUUAAGAGACGCACUGGAACUAUUAAGAAACCUAUUCCAACUUACCAAAGCAGCAUAGCGAGUCAAAUGGAGGGGAACAAGUACAAGCUGCUGAUGCGAAUUAACUUGGCUGAUCUCGAAAUCGUUAAAUCCAAAGACGAGAACCUCCGUCGGAUAAUGCACGAAGUCGAGACCCUCACAGAAGACGCGAAGACACUCGCACAGAUAUCAGAGCAUGUCGCAGCAUUGCAUUACCCACACGCACCGCUGGAAGACCUCGUACGAGAACUACUGUGCAGUGUUACGCGACAGCUGUCAGAGAGACAAAAUAGUGACACACAACUCUGUUUUAUGGAGAUUAGCGUUAACACAUCAAGUGGGUCUGAGAAUCUAACCAUCAUAUUCUCAAAGACGGAGAAAAGAAGCAAUUGGGAGGAGCUUAUCAUUGAGACCAAACAGAAACUUAGUGUGUAUGGUCACGAACGACCAGCUCCUGAGUUUCUGUCGCCUGUGCCCAUACGGAAGACUCGCGCAGGACUUCAAUUCACUUGCGCAGCACCGACUCUGCCUCCCAAGGGACAGUCACCCGAUGUUUGGGUGUGCAACAGCGACGGCUACGUCGGACAAGUGUGCGUACUCACUUUGAGUCCGAACCCGCAAGUGACGAGCUGCAAUGGGGUGUGUAACGCGCGUAUACUGUGCGUCGCCUGCGUCCCGCCCGCACCACAUACUACCAUUGAUUUACCGCCGACAUCUCAUAUACCUGGGGCAAAUAAGCCAGGUAUAAGCAUUUCUGAUCCAGACGACAGCUGCAAGAAUAUAAGGCUUGACAGGUUAAAAAUUUCUUCAUCAAGCGACGAAGAAGAUGAUGGGUCAUCAAGUGAGAACCAAGAUGCGCAAUCAGAGCGUAGUCACGAAUCUGGCAGUCUUCGUUAUGCCACCCGCACACUCACCCCGAACCACAGUAAAAGUUUAAGCACGCCGCACACAGGGCAGAAUAUACAAGUACACCCCGUCAUGAAGAGUAAUUCCAAUCCAGCGGUCGAUAAACAGGCUAUGGGGAUUACUUCUGGCACCCUCUCAUCACCAGCCAGCCGUCAGUCUUCAGAGGACAGCAGCACAACUGCGAAUCAGCCCACAAUGUGGUUGGGAACUGAAGAUGGCUGCAUACACGUAUACAACUGUCUGGAUAAUAUACGAAUCAAGAAGAAUAAAGUCAAAUUGCAGCAUAAUUCUGGUGUUCAUUCCAUUGUGUAUGUGGAGGGCAAAGUGUUCGUGGCGUUGGGCAAUGGUGAUCUCGUUGCAUAUUGUAGAGAUAUCGAAGGUUCCUGGGCAGAGCGAUCGACGAUUCAAGUCGGUACAGGCAGCACACCCGUCAGUUCCAUGCUUCUAUCAGAAGGACGGUUAUGGUGCGCCACUCACUCCUCCAUCAAGAUCAUUAACCCGCACACUCUUCAGAUUGACGAAACAUUCCAAAUAAGUUCAGAGACGAAGCCGAUAAGUCACAUGGCGGUGUCGCACGGCGCAAUAUGGCUGUCGUUACACAACGCGGCGCAACUCAGGGGCUACAACGCCACUACGAGGGAACUCAUCUGCGAGAUCAAUAUAACGCCGCAUGUCACUAAAAUGCUGCAUGGUUGCGAUGACAUAAUCCGUCAGCAUAAGGCAGCUUGUCUUCGAGUGACUGCAUUAUUGGCGCAUCGUGACACUCUUUGGAUUGGAACCAGCGCUGGAGUACUUCUUACAGCACCGCUGCAUAACGUGCCGUCGGCCAGAAGUGGUCUUACCCAGCCGCAUAUCACUGGUAUUCCAUACGGUCACACGGGCCACGUAAGAUUUUUGACAAUCGUAGAAAACCCCGUUCCCCAAAAGCCGACGAAACCAACUCAAUUGAAAGCAAAAGGUCUAAGCCGCCGCUCCGCGAACGCAGAGAAGCUUCAGAAACAAGCCGAGAACAACAAGAACAAUAUGGAAACGCUGAUUAUUUCCGGGGGUGAUGGCUACGAGGACUUCAGGAGUUCCACCAUGACGGAAGACGCUGGAAGGGAGGAUUCCACCAACCACCUGCUUCUGUGGAGAGUCUGAACCAUCAUUCGGACUACAGGGUCUAAUUCCGGUCUCGGCCUUUUCGAGUUGAAUUUACAUUGCGAUGUCCAAGAGCCUAAAUUCUUGAAUCGAAUGUUGCUUUUUAAUAACUCGCGAGAGUUAUUUAUUGAGAUUAUUAACGUUAUUUAGGACAUUAAAUGUCGAUUAUGUGUCUAUCAAAUUAUCCUAACAAUGUGCAGUAUUAAACAAAUUUUAGAUUGGUUAAUGCCAAAUGAAUAUUUACUGUUUUAGAAUCAUUUACAUGUCCAUAUCAAAAGUGUUUUAUGUGGUUAUUGUUUCAUAGCUGUUAUCCAAAACCUCGUGAAAGUUAAAAUCAAUGUUAUUCAUAUCGCUUCAAAUUGUAGGUAUUAAAUGUAGACGAGGGCAAGUGCAGCAAGCUUACCGCGUAACUUGAAUCGCGAUUCCCAUUUCAAUGUUGAGUUUGAGUAUUGGAAUUACGGCUAACUGAUAUUUAAAGUAGUUAGUUUCGUUGUUAAACGGUGUCCUGUUUAUUUAUUAUGUAACAAUACAAUGCAAUUGCUAAAUGUGUCACUAUAAUCACUGUAAGAAUUACGUGGUAAGUUUGCAGAAUGUCAUUUGAACUAGUUCUAAGCGAUUUUGAUGUAUUUGUAACAGAUCUCUCGAUAGUGUAAUUCUAUGUACCUUAUUUUAAUGUUAAACUGAGUUUUAAUUGCUCAAACGAAAUUCAACUCAAAUGUUACCUACCACGAAAUUAUUUUGUGAACUAAAGGAAUUGUAAAGUUUGGAAAAUUGUAGGUAUAUUUAUGACGAUAAUAAAGAAAGUUGCACUAAA